ACCAAUUCGUAAACGGUGGGAGAAUGACUUACAUUUUGCAGGUAGCAACAAACGACCGAACAUAGCUUUGUGAUGGAUAGUGAUACCCAUACCCAGAACCAAAAUCCUUCGAAUUCGAAACUCAAAGUUCACCUAGUUACAUGCACCGACUCGGCCGAGUUCACGCUCCUGAGUGAGUCAUUGAGUCGGACCUCAGUGGUGGGCCUGGACGCGGAGUGGAAGCCCGUUCGGAGGUCGUUUCCGAGGGUUUCGGUGCUCCAAAUCGCGUGCGGCGACUCCACGGUGUUCGUGUUGGACUUGUUGUCCCUUCCUCUCUCUUCCCUGUGGCAACCGCUUCGAGAAUUGCUCCUUUCCCCCGACAUCUUCAAACUCGGAUUCGGAUUUAAGCAGGAUUUGGUAUACUUGUCCUCCACUUUCAGCUCCCACGGCGGUUUCGACAAGGUUGAGCCGUAUUUAGAUAUCAAGAACGUGUACAAUCAUCUUCAGCAUAAUAAGAAGCAUGUUUCCAAGCAAAGUAAGAGUUUGUCAACCAUAUGUGCAGAAGUAUUGGGCUUUACGCUCUCCAAGGAACUCCAAUGUAGUGACUGGUCAUGCCGUCCUCUUACAGAAGAGCAGAUAACAUAUGCAGCUAUGGACGCUCAUAUCUUGCUCGACAUAUUUAAGGUCUUCCAGGCUAAGGUUGUCAAAGAAGGUGACUUGAUUCUUGAGACUACGGUAUUGUCUAAUCCUGAUGCAAAUCUUGGGUUGAAAGAUCUUUUCAGAAAUCAUGAUAUAAGUGAUAAAGUCCUGAGAGCACAAUUUCAUGAAGCUUUAGCAAUUGUUCAGGCCACUACUUGUUCUGAUGUUGCUCAAAUGAUACCUUUGGCAGGGGGAAUGAUCCAAAAAUCAUCAUGUUGGGUUACUGUGCCAAUGGAUGAAGAUUUGUUGAAAGUUGUUAAAAAAUAUGGUGAUAAGAUUUUGCUAAAGGAGUCGGACAGAAAGCCCAAAAGCUCAAAAAAGAAAGGGAAGAAGCAGACACUAAUUAAUGGGAUUAACAAAGAAAAUCAUUUUGAGAAGUUUGAGUGGCAAGGUACCCCACCUUGGGAUCCUUCGGUGGGGGGAAAUGGAUAUCCAAAGUUCCUUUGUGAUGUCAUGGUUGAAGGCUUGGCAAAACAUUUACGGUGUGUUGGAAUAGAUGCUGCAAUUCCUUAUUCGAAGAAGCCUGAACCAAGGAUGUUGAUAGAGCAUGCACAAAAAGAGAAACGGGUGAUUUUGACGCGGGACGCAAAGUUGCUGAGACAUGAUUAUCUGACAGAAAACCAAAUAUAUAGAGUGAAGAGUCUUCUGAAAAAUGAACAGCUGCUUGAGGUUAUUGAAACUUUUCAACUAAAAAUUAAUGAGGAUAAGCUAAUGUCAAGGUGCACAAAAUGCAAUGGAACAUUUAUUCAGAAGCCACUGACAACUGAAGAGGCUAUUGAAGCUGCAAAGGGUUUUCAAAGAAUUCCAAAUUGCUUAUUUAACAAGAAUUUAGAGUUUUGGCAGUGCAUGGACUGUCACCAACUUUAUUGGGAGGGAACCCAAUACCAUAAUGCAGUGCAGAAGUUUAUUGACAUUUGCAAAUUGAGUGACUAAUUUGAACUUCGCUGUGAUGUGCACUCGAGUGAUGGUGUCAUCGAAUAACUUUCCAUUGAGGAAAAAAGUCAUUUUCUCUUGAAUAUAUUUGUUUCAGUGCAAUCCAUUCAUGUGAUGUAGUUUAUAUUUUACACAUUGAUUUAGCCAUCGCCUCUUGUCGCCCCAUUUUUGGUUGUUCCUUUGUAUUCUACAAAUGGACUCUUCCAUUUCAAAUGGAAAGAGCGGUUUGCCAAAGCCCAAAAUAUUAGGUUAUAGUGAGAUUACAUGUAGUAUGACACAUAAUCACUCCAUUUUUUGUGCUUUUUUUUGGACGGCUAAUGGGGUGUUCCAUGAGUUUGUGAAUUUUAAUAGGAUUCCAGUGGUAUUUUUAUUGGAGUUCCCUGUUUAUGAA